AUGGUCAAAUAUCUUGAGGAACAAGAUGCGUACAAAUCUUUUCUCGUUGGGGGCCAUCUAGCGAGGAGGCUCAACAUCGAAGAAGCUGGAUCAAAGGCGGAGCGCGCACGGAAUACUUUGGGCGGCGACAAAGACCAUGUCACAAAGAUUGAUUGCAUGCCAGAAAAGGCGAAAAUCUGA